GCAGGCACACGGACAGACACACAGACACUCGCACGCACCCACGCCAAGUCAGACAAGCCGGCCGGCGCAAGCUCGUCAGCCAGAGCCAGAGCCCCAGCAACCUGUGAGAGGCCGGGGCCAGAGGAAGGGACGGGAGGCCGGGUGUCGGGAGACACAGAGGCAGAAACAGACGGAGGUUCAGAGACACACUCGAAGAAGACGGCGAGAGGGAGAUGCAGGGGAGGCAAAAAGCCUACAGCACCCGGUAUUCCCAGGCGGUCUCCCAUCCAAGUACUAA